UUUCGUGUCAACCCUAUCAAGAGAUUUGGAAAACCCUAAUUUGAUCUCGAGAUCUAAUCAGCUCCGCUCAAUUCUCAGCUUGUGAAGUAUGGGAGACGUUAGAGAGAGCGAAGCCUACGAGGAGGAGCUUCUGGACUACGAGGAAGAGGACGAGAAACUUCUAGAUUCUGCUACUAAAACUAACGGCGAUGCCGUGAAGAAAGGUUAUGUUGGCAUACACAGUUCUGGAUUCAGAGACUUCCUUUUGAAGCCGGAGCUUCUCCGAGCUAUUGUUGACUCUGGAUUUGAGCAUCCAUCCGAAGGUAAUAAACGCUAUUUCGAUCUAUUGAUUUGGAGCGAGCUUAGAAUUUCGUAACGAUAAGGAGGUUAUCUUCUAAUUCUAAACGGUUCCUUCGCUACAAUUUUCUUUGGCUCUACAUCAGUGCAACAUGAAUGUAUCCCUCAAGCUAUCUUGGGCAUGGAUGUUAUCUGCCAAGCAAAAUCUGGUAUGGGGAAGACUGCCGUCUUUGUGCUUUCGACUCUGCAACAGAUCGAGCCAUCUCCUGGCCAGGUGUCCGCCCUAAUCUUGUGCCAUACAAGGGAAUUAGCUUACCAGAUCUGCAAUGAGUUUGUGCGAUUCAGUACCUAUCUGCCUGAUACGAGGGUUUCAGUGUUCUAUGGAGGAGUCAACAAUAAAAUUCACAAAGACUUGCUGAAGAAUGAAUGUCCUCACAUUGUUGUUGGAACACCUGGUCGGGUCCUUGGACUCGCCAGGGACAAAGAUCUCUCUUUGAAGAAUGUGAGGCAUUUUAUUCUUGACGAAUGUGAUAAAAUGCUCGAGUCUCUCGACAUGAGGAGGGAUGUGCAGGAGAUUUUCAAGAUGACACCUCACGAUAAACAAGUCAUGAUGUUCUCAGCAACGCUCAGCAAAGAGAUACGCCCAGUCUGCAAGAAAUUUAUGCAAGAUCACUACAUCAAACUGAGCGAGAUGGAGAAGAACCGCAAGUUGAAUGAUCUUCUUGACGCAUUGGACUUCAAUCAAGUUGUCAUAUUUGUGAAGAGCGUUAGCAGAGCUGGGGAGCUGAACAAGUUGCUUAUUGAAUGCAAUUUCCCCUCAAUAUGCAUUCACUCUGGCAUGUCUCAGGAAGAGAGGCUGACUCACUACAAAAGUUUCAAGGAAGGACACAAGAGAAUUCUAGUGGCGACAGACUUGGUAGGGAGAGGCAUUGACAUUGAGCGUGUUAACAUUGUUAUCAACUACGACAUGCCAGAUUCUGCUGAUACAUAUCUUCAUAGGGUCGGGAGAGCUGGAAGGUUUGGAACAAAGGGUCUUGCGAUCACGUUUGUGGCAUCAGCUUCAGACUCGGAAGUUCUUAAUCAGGUGCAAGCCAGGUUUGAGGUUGAUAUAAAGGAACUUCCUGAACAGAUUGAUACUUCCACAUACAUGCCCUCUUAAAGUAGCAUCGUCUCUCAGCGAGAACUUCAGGUUACAACAGGCGUCAGAGAGCUUUGCAACUAUCGUCAAACAUCAUCCCCUCUAAAUUUCCAUCUUUGUUCUUUUCUUUCUGGACAAAUUUUCAUUUAGACCGUUUGCAACUCUUCGGUAAAAGAGAUCGAGUAACUCGCCAGAGCGCACUGUUAGAUUAUGUCGUGUGUGUGUACAAUAUUUACUAUGUUCGAGUAUUCAUGAUCUAUAGUCUUUGAACCAAGAUAUAUUCGUAGUCUGGUUCAUGCAUUCUUGGAAA